AUGUUUUUCUUCCAGGAUGUAAAGUGGAUGCUCAUGACGAAAUAUAUUGCCCCAACCGCUGCGAUCAGCGCAAUUUAUUCGGCUUGGUAUGGAUGGGGAAAGACGGAGAAUCACGUGAAGAUUAAAUCGAUUGAUGAAGCUGUCGAAUUCUUGAAUCACAACAAGGAAACUCCAGAGGCUCUAAGAUAUAUUUCGAAUUUUGAUUUUGAUCGUCAACCGAGAUACUUGAAAAAGUUAUCGAUUCGAUCAUUGGGAAUUCUCGCUGGCGUUGGAUCGGAGAUUGUUCGACAAGCUCGUGUUCAUCAAUGUAAACGAGAAGACGAUGAUUUUCUUUUUCAGAACGCUUUAAGUAAAUUUGACCUUGGUCCAUCGUGGAAAAGAGGUGUCGAUUGGUUGCAUCGAUCACCGUGUCUUGAUGAGGAUUUGUCUUGUGAGGAUUGGCAGGUUUGGCGUCCCACUCAAGUCGAGCGACUACAACGAUUACUUCAAAUCCUCUUCAUCGAAACUGAAAAUCAAUUUUCUCCUGAUACGGUCGAUAUCUAUGUUGUGGAUUUUCUCUUCAAUGUCUUCAAAUUAUUCGAUGGUGAUACGCCGGAAAUCGCUCGACUUACUUUAAGAAUAUUAGCCAACGUUGCGUUAAAUGGACAAGAGUAUGCGGAAAGGAUUUUCUCGACAGAAUGGCUGCAAAUCUUAGGAAAUCUCGUUACACGCGGGGAGACGCUAGAGGAGCGAUUGAUUGCACACAAGAUUUGCCGAAACGCUCUCCAUACCCUCGACUCUGUUCCCUACAAGUUACCAUCAGAUGUUUAUGAGCUUCAUAUUAGUCAAGGAGAGCCUGUUGUAGACAUUGUUUUGAUUCACGGCCUUUGUGGAAGCAUUCUCUAUACAUGGCGACAAAAAGAUGAUCGAACAAAAUUGAUCUCAGAAUGCUGGCCAAAAGACUGGCUACCUCUUGAUAUCAACGAUUCAAUGCGAAUCCUCGGCGUCAACUACCCGUCCUACUUGCUGCACUCAUCCGGUGCUGUUGACUCCUUACCGCAACGAGCUGAGCGUUUUGUGAAGCAACUUUCAUCGGCUGGAAUUGGCUCUCGUCCCGUUGUUUUCAUUUGUCAUUCGAUGGGUGGACUUCUCGCCAAGAAAAUGCUUCUCGAUUCGGAGGAAUUAAGAAAGAAUACGGUGGGUGUCCUCUUCAUCGCCACUCCACAUCGUGGGAGUCCAAUCGCUGAAUGGGGAGACUACAAUUUCCCCUUUACUCCAUCAGAAGAUGUCCGAUUUCUCCAUUCGAAGAACCAACAAAACGAGAAAUUAAAUCAAGAUUUUGGCACGAUCAGUAAAGAGAUCCCAGUCAUUGCAUCAAUGAUUGAGACAAAGGAAUCCGAUUUGAUUGCGACGGCAAAAGGAAUUAUCGUGCCCACCGAGUCGGCUGUCUUUGGAAGUGGUGUCUUGUAUCACAUUGAUGAGGUACAUCAUAAUGUUUGCAAGCCGAGUGAACGAACAUCUCCCACAUAUGGAGUCGUGCUCAACUUUGUCCGAGAUUCAAUCGCUGCCGCCAAAAAGCGCAAUCCUAGCAAGGAGAUCAAGAAAGCAGAACCACAAAAAUUCAACGAAUCAACUGUACAGAAUGAUUCCGAAGAAAUUGAGCCAAUCGAUCAU